GACUGUUCGUUUUUGGAGUAGCCUCCCUCGUCAACGCCGGACGCUCCAAAGCCUAACUUUCCAAACCCAAUCCCCCUGAUCAGAAAUUUCAUCAUAUAUUUGGCCCACCACCCUAACCCAAGAUGUCCAAGAAGGCCCCAAGCGAAGAUGAGAAGUUCCUCUUUGUCGACAAAGACUUCCUCAACAGUCCUGUGGCGCAGGCCGAUUGGUCAGCCAAGAAGCUGGUGUGGAUCCCCUCUGAGAAACAUGGCUUUGAGUCGGCUAGUAUCAAGGAGGAGCACGGCGACGAGGUGCUGGUGGAGCUGGUUGACAAUGGCAAGAAGGUGACGGUCAACAAGGACGACAUCCAGAAGAUGAACCCGCCGAAGUUCAGCAAAGUGGAGGACAUGGCCGAGCUCACCUGCCUGAAUGAAGCCUCUGUGCUGCACAAUCUGCGUGAGAGGUACUUCUCUGGGCUGAUCUAUACAUACUCUGGCCUGUUCUGCGUGGUGGUAAACCCAUAUAAAAUGCUGCCCAUCUACUCAGAGAAGAUCAUUGACAUGUACAAAGGGAAGAAACGGCACGAGGUCCCUCCCCAUAUCUAUUCCAUCACUGACAACGCCUACAGAAACAUGAUGCAAGACCGUGAGGACCAGUCCAUUCUCUGCACUGGAGAGUCUGGUGCAGGGAAGACAGAGAACACCAAGAAGGUCAUCCAGUACCUCGCUGUAGUGGCCUCGUCACACAAAGGCAAGAAGGACACCAGCACUCAACAAUCAGGAUCACAGUUUGCCUACGGGGAGCUGGAGAAGCAGCUCCUGCAGGCCAACCCCAUCCUGGAAGCCUUUGGAAACGCCAAGACCAUCAAAAACGACAACUCUUCUCGAUUUGGUAAAUUCAUCCGUAUCAACUUUGAUGUCACUGGAUACAUCGUCGGAGCCAACAUUGAGACUUACCUGUUGGAGAAGUCUCGCUGCAUCAGACAGGCCAAGACAGAAAGAGCCUUUCACAUCUUCUACUACAUGAUCGCUGGUGCCAAGGACAAGCUGCGUGAGGAACUUCUGCUGGAGGCCUUCAGUAGCUACCGUUUCCUGAGUGCCGGCCACGUCCAGAUCCCUGGCCAGCAAGAUGACGAGAUGUUUGAAGAGACUAUGGAGGCCAUGAACAUCAUGGGCCUCACAGAGGAGGAGAGAACGGGUAUCCUGAAGGUUUGCUCCACAGUGAUGCAGCUGGGAAACAUUGAGUUCAAGAAGGAGAGGAACCAGGAACAGGCCACCAUGCCAGACAACACCGCGGCCCAGAAGGUGUGCCACCUGCAAGGCAUCAAUGUGACAGACUUCACCCGUGCCAUCCUCACCCCGAGAAUCAAAGUGGGCAGAGAGGUGGUGCAGAAGGCGCAGACUAAAGAGCAGGCUGACUUUGCCAUCGAAGCCCUGGCCAAGGCCAUGUUUGAGCGUCUGUUCCGCUGGAUUCUGGCCCGGGUCAACAAGGCUCUGGACAAGACCAAGCGCCAGGGAGCCUCCUUCCUGGGAAUCUUAGACAUCGCCGGAUUUGAGAUCUUUGAGGACAACUCCUUCGAACAGCUGUGCAUCAACUACACCAAUGAGAAGCUGCAGCAGCUUUUCAACCACACCAUGUUCAUCCUGGAGCAGGAGGAGUACCAGAGGGAGGGCAUCGAGUGGAACUUCAUUGACUUUGGUCUCGACCUGCAGCCCUGCAUCGAGCUCAUUGAGAGGCCGAACAACCCUCCAGGCAUCCUGGCCCUGCUGGAUGAAGAGUGCUGGUUCCCCAAAGCCACAGAUGUCUCCUUUGUGGAGAAACUCAUGAACACACAGGGCAACCAUGUGAAAUUUGCCAAGCCCAAACAGCUCAAAGACAAGACAGAGUUUUCUGUGCUUCAUUAUGCUGGGAAGGUGGACUACAACGCCACAGCCUGGCUGACAAAGAACAUGGACCCUCUAAACGACAACGUCACUGCCCUGCUCAACAGCUCCUCCAGCCAGUUUGUGCAAGACCUCUGGAAAGAUGCGGACAGAGUAGUGGGCCUUGAGACCAUAGCCAAGAUGUCAGACAGCUCCAUGCCCAGCGGUUCCAAAACCAAGAAGGGAAUGUUCCGGACCGUGGGACAGCUCUACAAGGAGUCCCUGGCCAAACUCAUGACGACCCUGCACAACACCCAGCCCAACUUUGUUAGAUGCAUCAUCCCCAACCAUGAGAAGAGGGCAGGGAAGCUGGAUGCCCAUCUGGUCCUGGAGCAGCUGAGGUGUAACGGUGUGUUGGAGGGGAUCCGUAUCUGCCGUCAGGGAUUCCCCAACCGAAUCGUCUUCCAGGAGUUCCGUCAGCGUUAUGAGAUCCUAGCUGCUAACGCUAUCCCCAAAGGUUUCAUGGAUGGCAAACAAGCCUGCUGCCUCAUGAUCAAGCAUCUGGACCUGGACCCCAACCUGUACAGGAUUGGACAGAGUAAGAUCUUCUUCCGUACUGGAGUGCUGGCCCAGCUGGAGGAGGAGAGAGAUCUGAAGAUCACUGUGGUCAUCAUCGCCUUCCAGGCCCAGGCCAGAGGCUUCCUGGCCAGAAAGGCAUUUGCUAAGAGGCAGCAGCAGCUGACAGCCAUGAAGGUGAUCCAGAGGAACUGUGCUGCCUACCUCAAACUCAGGAACUGGCAGUGGUGGAGACUCUUCACCAAGGUCAAGCCUCUGCUGCAAGUGACCCGUCAAGAGGAAGAGAUGAGUCUGAAGGAAGAGGAGUUACAAAAAGCCAAAGACGUUGCUGUCAAGUUUGAAUCUGAGCUGAAGGAGAUCACCUUGAAACACACAACGGUUUUGGAGGAGAGGAACGCCCUGCAGGAGCAGCUUCAGGCAGAGACAGAGCUAUAUGCAGAGGCAGAGGAGAUGAGGGUCCGUCUGGCAGCUAAGAAACAGGAGUUGGAGGAGAUCCUACACGAGAUGGAGGCGAGACUGGAGGAAGAGGAAGACCGUGCUCAGGCACUGCUGGUGGACAAGAAGAAGAUGCAACAGCAGAUGCAGGAUUUGGAGGAACAUUUGGAAGAGGAGGAAGAUGCACGUCAAAAGCUGCAGCUGGAGAAGGUUACCUGUGAUGGAAAGAUCAAAAAGCUAGAAGAUGACAUCCUGGUGAUGGAGGACCAGAACAACAAGCUACUGAAGGAAAGGAAACUAAUGGAGGAGCGGAUCGCAGACUUCAGUGCCAACCUGGCUGAGGAAGAAGAGAAGUCUAAGAACUUGACCAAGCUCAAGAAUAAGCAUGAGUCCAUGAUCUCUGAACUGGAGGUCCGCUUGAAGAAGGAGGAGAAGGGUCGCCAGGAGCUGGACAAGGCCAAGCGUAAGUUGGAGGCAGAGUCUAAUGACUUGCAGGAGCAGAUAGCUGACCUGCAGGCCCAGAUUGCUGACCUCAAAGCCCAGCUUGCCAAAAAGGAGGAGGAGUUACAGAAUGCUUUGGCCAGACUAGAAGAUGAAACGGCCCAGAAGAACAACGCUCUGAAGAAGAUCAGAGAGCUGGAGGGACACAUCUCCGACCUGCAGGAGGAUCUGGACUCUGAGCGGGCAGCCAGGAACAAGGCAGAGAAAACCAAAAGGGAUCUUGGGGAGGAGCUGGAGGCCCUCAAGUCUGAGCUGGAGGACACCCUAGACAGCACUGCCACUCAGCAGGAACUAAGAGCCAAGCGAGAGCAGGAGGUGACCCUGCUAAAGAGAGCCAUGGAGGAGGAGAACCGCACCCAUGAAGCCCAGGUCCAUGAGAUGAGACAGAAACACACCCAGGCCGUGGAGGAGCUCACUGAGCAGCUGGAGCAGUCCAAACGAGUGAAGUCGAACCUGGAGAAGGCUAAACAAGCCCUGGAGAAGGAGACGUCAGAACUGACAGUGGAGGUGCGCUCGCUGACCCAGGCCAAGCAAGACGUCGAGCACAAGAGGAAGAAGGUGGAGGGUCAGCUGGCCGACCUGCAGUCACGCUUCAAUGACAGCGAGAAGCAGAAGGCGGAGCUGGGAGAGCGCUGCUCCAAGAUCACUGUUGAACUGGAGAGUGUGACUAACCUACUGAAUGAAGCAGAGGGCAAGAACAUCAAACUGAGCAAAGAUGUUUCAAGCCUCACCUCUCAAGUCCAAGAUGCACAGGAGCUUCUGGCUGAGGAGACACGUCAGAAGCUGCAGUUUUCCACCAAACUGCGGCAGGCAGAAGAUGACAAGAACAGCCUGCAGGAGCAGCUUGAGGAGGAGAUGGAGGCCAAGAGGAACGUGGAAAGACAUGUGUCCACCCUCAACAUUCAGUUGUCAGACUCAAAGAAGAAGCUGGAGGAGCUGUCAGGCAACAUCGAGCUGCUGGAGGAGGGCAAGAAACGUCUACAGAGGGAUUUGGAGGCGGCCAACACCCAGUUUGAGGAGAAGGCCUCAGCCUAUGACAAGUUGGAGAAGACCAAAAACCGGCUGCAGCAGGAGCUGGAGGACACGCUGAUGGACCUGGAUAACCAGAGGCAGAAUGUGUCAAAUCUGGAGAAGAAGCAGAAGAAGUUUGACCAGAUGCUGGCAGAGGAGAAGAGCAUCUCCAGUAAAUAUGCAGAUGAGAGAGACCGCGCUGAAGCCGAGGCCAGAGAGAAGGAGACCAAGGCUCUGUCCCUGGCAAGGGCUCUGGAAGAGGCCCAAGAUGCUCGGGAGGAGCUGGAGAGAGCCAACAAGGCCCUGAGGGUAGAGAUGGAAGACCUGGUCAGCUCCAAGGACGACGUGGGAAAGAAUGUCCAUGAGCUGGAGAAGUCCAAGCGAGGCCUGGAGGCCCAGGUGGAGGAGAUGAAGACCCAGCUGGAGGAGCUGGAGGAUGAGCUGCAGGCAGCUGAGGAUGCCAAGUUACGCCUGGAGGUCAACAUGCAGGCCCUCAAGGCCCAGUUUGAGAGGGACCUCCAGGGACGCGACGAGAUGGGAGAGGAGAAGAAGAGGCAGCUCGUCAAGCAGGUUCGGGAGCUGGAGACAGAGUUGGAGGAUGAACGUAAGCAGAGGGCUUUAGCGGCUGCAGCCAAGAAGAAGAUGGAGACAGACCUGAAAGAUCUGGAGGGACAGAUCGAGACGGCUAAUAAGGGACGAGAUGAGGCUAUCAAGCAGCUCCGCAAGCUCCAGGCUCAGAUGAAGGACUUCCAGAGGGAGCUGGAUGACGCCCGUGCUGCCAGGGAGGACGUGCUCGCUUCUUCAAAGGAGAGUGAGAGGAAGGCCAAGAGUCUGGAGGCUGAACUCAUGCAGCUACAGGAGGAACUGGCUGCCGCCGAGAGGGCACGCAAGCAGGCAGAGGCCGAAAGAGACGAGCUGUCUGACGAACUGGCCAGCAACUCCUCUGGAAAGUCAGCCUUGGCAGAUGAGAAGCGUCGCCUGGAAGCGAAGAUCUCACAGCUGGAGGAGGAGCUGGAGGAGGAGCAGAGCAACAUGGAGAUCCUCAACGACAGGCUCAGGAAGAGCACGCAACAGGCGGACCAGCUGAACAACGAGCUGCAGACGGAGCGCAGCACCUCCCAGAAGAACGAGAGCGCCCGGCAGCAGAUGGAGCGGCAGAACAAGGACUUGAAGGCCAAGCUGCAAGAGAUGGAGAACCAGGUCAAAUCCAAGUUCAAGUCCUCCAUCACCGCCCUCGAGGCCAAGGUGGCACAGCUGGAGGAACAGCUGGAGCAGGAGAACAGGGAGAAGCAGGCGAAUGCCAAGAGUAUGCGCCAGAAGGACAAGAAGCUAAAGGACCUGAUAAUCCAGGUAGAGGACGAAAGGAAACAGGCAGAGCAGUACAAAGACCAGGCGGAGAAGGCCAGCACUCGUAUGAAGCAGCUGAAGCGGCAGCUAGAGGAGUCGGAGGAGGAGUCCCAGCGCGCCACAGCCGCCCGCAGGAAGCUGCAGCGGGAGCUGGAUGAAGCCACCGAGGCCAACGACGCUAUGAGCCGCGAGGUCAACUCUCUCAAGAGCAAACUAAGGCGUGGAAACGAGCCCUCCUUCAGCAGCACACCUCGGCGUAUGGGAGGAGGAGGAGGAGGAGGAGGCCGGAGGGGGGUUGUCGAUGAUGCCUCAGAGGAGGAGGCCGACUCCCAAAGCGACUUCAAUGGCACUAAGGCCGCAGAGUAGGGAGGGGAAACUAGACGUCAAAACAGUCAGAUUGCAGUAUUACCUACCGAGGCAGGUCUGCCGCUUAAAACAGAGAAUUACUCCGAAUCCUGAUAUGCUAUCUAGUUCUUCCAUAUCACUUCAAAAUAUAUACUUCUUCCGAUUCCAGUAGUGUACUGAUCUGUCUUGUUUCAGAGCACCUUUUCCUUGACACAUAGAAAUCAAAAGGACUUAAGAGUAUCAACUGGGGCAGCUGUUUCGCUGCCUCUGAUGCUGUGUGAUUUGCUGUUCUUUUUAUUUUUUUAUUUUUUUUAAACACUGUUUUGUACUGCACUGAAUGACUGAUAACUUCCUUAUGCAAGGUUUUGUACCCACAAAUAGGUGCAUCUAAUUAUAUUCCCUCUACCACUCUCGCCUGGCAGCAAAGCCAGGUGUCUCCACAAUAAGUCACUUUAAGCCAGACAUCCUGUAAAUCUAUAUUUUUCUGUUUCUAUUAUCAGUGACGCCUGUGACUGCUGUUGGUGUUUCAGAGCAGCGCUGAAGUGGUUUAUCAGAUUGGAAAGGUAGAAAACCGUUUCUAGGCCCAAACUGUUUCCACUCAGUGCUGCUGUUAAUCAAGUGUACUCAACUACAGAAUUUGUGUGUAGUCUAAAUAUAUGGCUUAUAGAAUAUUAAUUGAUAAAUAUUAAUGAUGAAGAGCUGCAGCUGGGGCAACUGCUCGGUUUUGUUAAUGGUUCAGACAGUGAAAACCAUACAUGAUGUUUAUAAACCUGUUAAGCUAAGACAGUAAUGUGGAAAAAAAAAAAAAAAUUUCGCUGUUCAGCUUAUUUAAAAAAAAAAAAAAAAAGUGGCGAGAGCGGCAGCGAUUCUGGAGAAAAAUUGUUGAUAUUUGAAAUCAA